GCGUGUCCCGGAGCCAUGCAUAUAAUAGCCAGACGAGCUGCGAUUGGCUUCUGCUCCCCAGUCCUCAUCUCUCUAUGCACCAGCACACUCACUGGCAGCCGCAGCCUCUGCACCAUGGCCGAGCUCUCUUCCCAACAAGUGGUAUUCAACAAGCCAAAGGUUGAGCUGCAUGUGCACCUCGAUGGAGCCAUCAGGGUGGAGACUAUUCUUGAUGUUGCCAAGAGACGCAACAUCCAUCUGCCAGCGAAUACGGUGGAGGAGAUGAGGCAGAUCAUUAUCCUCCAGCAGCCUGCCACCCUCACCAUGUUCCUGGGCAAGUUCGAGGAGUACAUGCACGUGGUUGCUGGAGACAGAGAGGCCAUUAAGAGGAUGGCCUAUGAGUUUGUGGAGGACAAAGCCAAGGAGAGAGUGAUUUAUGUGGAGGUCAGAUACAGCCCGCAUUUUCUGGCUAACACUAAAGUGGAUCCCAUACCCUGGAACCAGAGCGAAGGUGACCUGAGCCCAGACGAGGUGGUGCACCUGGUUAACGAAGGCCUCAGCAAGGGGGAGAGGGCCUUCAAGGUCAAAGCCAGGUCCAUUCUAUGCUGCAUGCGCCACAUGCCAAGCUGGUCCAUGGACGUGGUGGAGCUGUGUAAGAAAUACCAACACGAAGGAGUGGUCGCCAUCGAUCUGGCAGGGGAUGAGUCACUCAACUGUGAAGCCAAUUCAGAACACAGGAAGGCCUAUGAGGAAGCAGUGCGUUGUGGGAUCCACAGGACCGUUCACGCAGGAGAGGUGGGCCCGCCGUCUGUAGUGAAGGAGGCCGUGGAAGUGCUGAAAGCUGAACGGGUCGGCCACGGUUACAGUACACUGGAAGACCAAGUUCUGUACAAAAAACUGCUGGCUCAGAACAUGCACUUUGAGAUAUGUCCCGUUUCCAGUAAGCUGACAGGUGCCUGCAACCCAGACUUCACCAAGCAUCCUGUCAUCACGUUCCGGAAGGACAAGGCGAACUACUCCCUGAAUACAGACGACCCUCUGAUCUUCAACUCCACCCUGGACCUCGACUACAACACCGCGCACAAAUACAUGGGAUUCACCGAGGAGGAAUUCAAACGACUGAACAUAAAUUCUGCAAAGUCGUGCUUCCUGCCCGAGAAGGAGAAGAAAGAGCUCGUCAACAGACUGUAUGAGGCCUAUGGGAUGGAAUGCAGCACUGCCUUUUAAAGUGAAUGAAGAAGGAAGCCCUGGGUUAGGUCCCAGGAUCGCUCUGAACCCUCAAUCUCCCCAACCUGACACAAUGGAAUGUCUUUUUCCUAACCAGACAUAAAACCUGCAGGAUAACACAUCAGAUACGUUGUUCACCAUAUAGCUGCUGCCUUCACCUCACAUAUUCUGUACAUUGCCAGCUUGUGUUUUAUGAGUAUUCCAUCUAGGAUACCUUUUGUAAUACUUUAGUGUACAGUAUCCAGAGGAUGGCACGGUGCUCUGAACGCUGCAACAAAUGUGGGCAUGCAAGCGUCUUGUGUUUAUGAAGCACAUUUUGUUUAUAUGACCACACUCUGGAUACAUGUUUUCAUCUUGUGUUUACAUCAUGGUGUCAUGAAGAGAAUCAGGGUUUACUUUGUCAGCAUGUAAGGGGAGGAUAAGGAAGGUUAUUUGUCAUUAAUCUUUGGGUGAAAGCAUGAAGGGGGGGGAUGAUAUAUGGUUUAUCAUUGUUUGGUUUAAGGGAGAGUAAGGGAACCCAGUGUCAGAAAUGUGUGUGUGUGUUGCCCUCCAAACGGGAAACCGGUAAAACAGCUCAAUACCAAAAGUGUAGUAUUAUAUUUGAGCACUAGGGGGCACACCAAGGUCACCUAUACAAUGACAAACCACAGAUGACCCAAUGUGGUGUUUUUGUAUUUCAUAAUUACUCCAAAGGCUUUUGAUGUAUAUAUUUAUUUUAAAUUUUUUAAUUUCACUUAAUUAAAAAAAACUUCCAUUUGUAACAGCCACAUUUAUGACACUUAUAAGAGCAUCUUUUGACCAUAAUAAAAGCUAUUAUAAAAUGUA